GCCCCUGCGGCCGAGCCCCCGCGUCCAGCCCAGAGGAGAGCGUCUGCAUUGUCCGCUCGCGACGCUUGCGACUGCGUAGUCCGCGAGGCCGGAUCGUGGCGUGGACGCCGGACGUUCUCCCAGAGGGAAGUCUCGUCCUGCCGGUCGUCUCGGGCGUUUUGGCCGAGGGCACCCUCUCCACGGAAGGAGACGGCUCUCCCUGCUGUGGCCCAAGGUCAGUGGGGGUGUGCUGGGCAAGUGGCCUGCUUCUUGGGAAAAUUGGACCCCACGAGGAGUCAGAACUCCAAGGCCUCCAGCGGCCUGGCAGGUGGCGUGACCAGGUCAUUGGCAUCACUGAGCGUGACCGUGCCUGAGAGCUCAGGGCCCCUGCACCCAGGACUCACAGCACACUCUCCUCUCAGCAGGAUUCAGACAGAAAAAUACCCAUCUUCCUGGGACAUGGCAGGGAAGAAAGUGCUCAUUGUCUACGCACACCAAGAGCCCAGGUCUUUGAACGGGUCCCUGAAGGAUGUGGCGGUGGCUGAACUGGGCCGGCAGGGCUGCAGCGUCACCGUUUCAGACCUCUAUGCCAUGAACUUUGAGCCCAGGGCCACAGGGAAGGAUAUCACUGGCACCCUCUCCAACCCUGGCUUCUUCAACUACGGCGUGGAGACCCACGAGGCCUACAAGAAGCAGUCUCUGAGCAGCGACAUCAUUGAGGAGCAGAAGAAGCUUCAGGAGGCCGACCUGGUGAUAUUCCAGUUCCCGCUGUACUGGUUCAGUGUGCCUGCCGUGCUGAAGGGCUGGAUGGACAGGGUGCUCUGCCAGGGCUUUGCCUUCGACUUCCCCGGCUCCUACGAUGACGGCUUCCUCAAAGGUAAGCUGGCCAUCCUGUCCUUAACCACAGGCGGCACGGCCAGCAUGUUCUCCAAGACUGGGGUCAACGGAGACUUCCGGUACUUCCUGUGGCCCCUCCAGCACGGCACGCUGCACUUCUGCGGAUUUAAAGUCCUUGCCCCUCAGAUCAGUUUUGGUCCUGAAAUGGCAUCUGAAGAAGAAAGAAAGAGGAUGGUGGCCUCCUGGGCGCAGAGGCUGAAGACCCUCUGGGAGGAGGAGCCCAUCCAGUGCUCGCCCCCGUGGUACUUUGGGCAGUGACGGAGGCCACACCACACUGCGGGGGCCACACGGGAGGUGUGACACGUGUAAUGCCACGCAGGCGCAUGUAAUAAAGGAUGUCACGACAGCCAGGGUGUGACUAGGUCUCCAGGGUCCUGCGGGCUGGCUCCCAUCCCCCAUUGGCUGUCCCAGAUUCUCUGCUUAGGGGUGGCAGGUCCUUCUCCCAGGCUUGCUUUUUGUUUCUAAUAUCUUUCCUUCUCCUUUAUUCAGCCUUCGCAGGUAGUGUUUGUCUGUAGUUUUGGCACGAAACUGGAUUUGUUAGAUAUUUGUUUUAUUCUGCAACUCGACUUGAAUUUCUGUUUUUCAGAGGAAAAUGUAAUCUGUUCACAGCUUG